AUGCGGUCGUCUAUAUUCAGACCUACGCUCGUUCUCAUCACAUCCUUUGCGUCGACAACGUCAGCUCUACUAGCAUCUACUUCGUCACCAUGCGCUUCUCAGUGCGGGAAUACAUUGGAUAGUACCAGUGGGAGUGAUAUUGCCUGUAGCAAUGCCGAAUUCGAGUCCACAAACGCCGGAACGGUCUUUGAAAAUUGUAUCUCCUGCCAGGUUCGGAGCAACUAUGUUGACCCUGUGACCAAACAAUCAGAUCUUCACUGGGCAAUAUAUAAUAUACGUUACGCCGUGAGUUGGUGUCUGUUUGGGUAUCCGAACAACGAGAAUGUUAUCAGCACACCAUGCACCACUAGUAAAUCUUGUGGCCUUCUGAAAGCUGGCUUCGUACAUGAUUCAUUAUCUUCGAACGCUAGUACUUACGGCUUCUGUGCCCUCGUACCCGCCACUGAUAUAUCAAAAUGCACAUCAUGUCUCAGUUUUCAAACCUCGGAAUUCUACCUUAAGAACUUUGUUACGGCUCUAGACGCAGCAUGCCAGCAACAACCCACUCCUGGCAAUACAAUCAACAUAGAAGGGAGCCUCUUCUCCACUACAGCAGUCAAUAUCACAACCGGAUCGGCUAGGCCUGCUUCUACAUACAAACCAGACGAUCAUGCCUUGACGCUGGGAGCCAAAGUCGGGAUUGCAGUGGGCGGCCUUGUUGCUUUAUUGUCAAUUUCAGGGUUCUGCAUUGUGUGGCGAGGAAAGAGACGGCGGAGGAUGUUUCUUUUGAAGCACCAGCAGGAAACGGGCUACGCAGAUUGGCUCGUACAGAAAAAGUCAGCAUUUAUGUCACCACAAAUUUCCAGCCCCGGGGCAUUCUUCGACAGCCCUCAAAGUCAACGGCCUCUAGUAUCGUCACAACCAUGGCCAAGACCAAGACAAGGCGGAGACAGUCCAGCCAGCGCAAUGGGAGAUGGGGCAUACAGCACGUACUCGAGUCAAUACUCCAGCCCUACAGACGCCAGUGACCGGUUCCAAACCAGCGGGAGUUCGAGGGAGUGGCCAAGGGAGUGGCCGGUAGACCGCAAGAGCAGCAUUGGAGGAUCCUCGGGCGUCCGCAGUCGCAGUCGAGAGAAGCACGAGCCCACCGCCGAGAUAAUCGAGAUGCAGAACGUUGCACCCGUGCUGCUACAUCCAGGGCAUGGUAGGGGCACUGCUAGUCACUUGACCGAAGACGAUGUUCAGAGGGGAGGUCAUGCUGUAUAG